CCCGGAAGUUGGCUGGAGCCAGAGCUGCCGCCAGCGCCGGGAGCCUUGAGGCGAGCUGAGCCGGCGGAGCUGCGACUCUUCCGCGCGGGGCUUCCUCCUCACCGGCGGGGGAGGCGUGUGAAGACACGGGCAUGUUGCAGAGUGAAGUGAACAUAUAAACCCUCCCCUUCCCCCUGCCACUUCUGUGAACUCUCGUCGGCCUCGGCUUCCUCCAUGAAGCAACACGAAGCCUGAUGCCCUCGUUGCACCUUGCCAUGGACAGGGGGAAGAGCUACCACACACCGCACACGCACCAGCAGUCGGGCAGCACCUUGUAUGGGAUACCAGCCUUUCAGUCACAGAUUGGCAUGCCCGCCGUAGAGAAUUCUGCACUGCCUACCAGUUGGUGGAGUUCAGGCCUUUUUUUGCCUGCUCCGUAUUCAACUUCGGCUUACCUGAGCGACAACCAGCAAUAUUUUAAUACCACUUCCGAUUUCUACUCAAAUUCCCUCAGCAGGCAGCCCUUCUUGGAUACCAACUAUGCACCUACGGGCCUUGCUGAUUUCUCACCCAAAAACGGCGACUUUCCUCAGGAUUCUCAAUACCUCGAACUCUCCAGCAAUUCCCUCUUCUCCUCCCCUGCUGACUCGCUUUCGGACAUAGCCGACGCUCAGGAAUUUGUGCCCGCCGACAGCCUCAACGUGCCAACGAUAUGGGACGUCAACACACCACAACAGAACCAAGCAGAGCUCCUGCCUCCCGACCUGCAAGACUUGCAGGGUUUGCAAGGAAUGGACGCCUGUGUUGCUGCUGUUCAAGACACCCCCCUUCUCUCGAGCCUUCGGUCCCAAACUCAGGUAGAAGAGGAGGAGGAGGGUGACGACGACGAAGCAGAGGAGCUGGGCCACACGGAGACAUACGCAGAUUACAUCCCUUCCAAAUUGAAAAUCGGGAAACAGCACCCUGACCGGGUGGUUGAAACGAGCACCCUCUCCAGCGUCCCCCCGCCAGACAUCACCUACGCUCUUUCCCUCCCUGCUCUGAUUGCUGACAACGGGUUGCUCUCUGCCCUACAGCUGGAAGCGAUUACUUAUGCUUGCCAGCAACAUGAAGUUUUACUCCCCAACGGGCAAAGAGCCGGCUUCCUCAUCGGGGACGGUGCUGGGGUCGGGAAGGGCCGGACCGUUGCAGGGAUCAUCUUCGAAAAUUACCUGAAGGGGAGGAAGAAAUCCUUGUGGUUCAGCGCCUCUAAUGAUCUCAAGUAUGAUGCCGAGAGGGACCUAAAGGAUAUCGAUGCACCCAACAUUCCUGUUCAUGCUUUAAAUAAGAUUAAAUACGGUGACACGGCUACCUCGGAAGGAGUCUUAUUUGCCACUUACUCUGCCCUGAUCGGUGAAAGCCAAGCAGGCGGCCAGCACAGGACCCGGUUGAAACAGAUUUUGGAUUGGUGCAAGGAGGACUUUGACGGUGUUAUUGUGUUUGAUGAAUGCCACAAAGCCAAAAAUGCCAGCUCCACCAAGAUGGGCAAAGCAGUAUUGGACCUGCAGAACAAACUGCCUCUUGCAAGGGUGGUCUAUGCCAGUGCCACAGGUGCCUCUGAGCCAAAGAACAUGAUCUACAUGAGCCGGCUGGGGAUCUGGGGGGAAGGCACUCCUUUUCGGUCGUUCGAUGAAUUCCUCCAUGCCAUUGAAAAGCGGGGCGUCGGUGCAAUGGAAAUUGUCGCCAUGGACAUGAAAGUCAGUGGGAUGUACAUAGCUCGCCAGCUCAGUUUUUCCGGGGUCACCUUCCAGAUAGAAGAGAUCCCACUGGAUCCCGAGUACAAGCUUGUCUACAAUAAAGCAGCCCAGCUGUGGGCAGAAGCCCUGGUGGUUUUUCAGCAGGCUGCUGACAUGAUUGGCUUGGAGUCCCGGAAAUCUUUGUGGGGGCAAUUCUGGUCAGCUCACCAGCGUUUCUUCAAGUACCUGUGCAUAGCUGCUAAGGUCUGGCGUCUUGUUGAACUGGCCAAAGAGGAGCUCAGCAAGGACAAGUGCAUUGUGAUCGGGUUGCAGUCAACAGGUGAGGCUCGCACUCGGGAGGUCCUGGACGAGAACGAGGGGCAACUGAAUUGCUUCGUUUCUGCUGCUGAAGGCGUCUUUCUCUCACUAAUUCAGAAGCACUUUCCUUCAACCAAACGAAAAAGAGGAACUGGCAUUAAAAGAAAACGGAAGCAGAGGGGCCGCUGUCCCAAGGCCCCAAAGGCCAUGUGCGACCUCACAAGCGCGAUCAUCAAAAUCAGCUCUGACAGUAGUUCUGACUCUGAGGCAGGGAUGGAGAGCGACUUCAACUCCUCCCCGGAGUCCCUGGUUGAAAACGACGACGUGAUUAUCAUUGAGCGUGCCCCCAACGGCUUUGUGUGUGAGGACCAAGGCAGCCUGUACCUGCCGGGUUCCCAGAAGGAAACGCACGGCCCGGGGGCCUUGGAGCAUGUUGAAAAGAUGAAGCAGGACCUUUUGGCCAAGGUGAAGGCCCUCGGCAAAGAGCUACCUCUCAACACCUUGGACAAACUGAUUGAUCACUUCGGCGGGCCGGAGCACGUGGCUGAGAUGACCGGGCGAAAAGGGCGGGUCGUGCGCCGGCCAGAUGGUUCUGUCGUGUUUGACUCACGGGCCGAGCAAGGUUUGUCAAUUGAUCACGUGAAUCUGAAGGAGAAAGAGCGCUUCAUGAACGGAGACAAACUUGUAGCAAUAAUCUCCGAAGCCUCUAGCUCAGGGAUUUCUCUCCAAGCAGACAGACGGGUAAAGAAUCAAAAGCGACGUGUUCACAUGACACUAGAAUUGCCCUGGAGCGCCGACCGAGCCAUACAGCAAUUUGGCCGAACGCAUCGCUCCAAUCAAGUCUCCGCCCCAGAAUACAUCUUCCUUAUCUCUGAACUGGCCGGUGAACGACGGUUUGCCUCUAUUGUGGCCAAACGUCUGGAGAGCCUUGGUGCCUUAACUCACGGAGACAGAAGAGCUACUGAAUCGAGGGAUCUCAGCAAGUAUAAUUUUGAAAAUAAGUAUGGGUCUAAAGCCCUCGACAGGGUCCUCCUCACCAUCCUCAAUCAGACCGAGAAUGAAGUCCCCGUGCCAAGGAGCUACCUCAGAGGAAACGCUGCUUUCUUCCAUGAAAUGAAGCAAGGCCUCCUCUCAGUUGGGAUCUGUUGCAAGGAGAUGCGCUAUGGCUAUGCAGAGAAAGACUGCUCCAUCACCAAGUUCCUGAACCGUAUCUUGGGCUUGGAGGUCCACAAGCAGAAUCUGCUCUUCCAGUACUUCAGUGACACUUUUGACUACCUGAUCGAAAGGGACAAGAAAGUGGGGAAGUACGACAUGGGAAUUCUGGACUUGGCCCCCGGCAUCGAUGAGAUCUAUGAAGAAAGCAAGGAGGUUUUCUUGACCCCCGGACACCCCCAGGAUGGGCAGGUGGUCUUUUACAAGAUCAGCGUCGACAGAGGCUUGAAGUGGGAGGAGGUGUACGAGAAGUCUCUUCAACUGACAGGAUCCUACGAUGGCUUCUACCUCUCCUAUAAGGUGCGGGGCAACACGUACACCUGCCUUUUGGCAGAACAGAACCGGGGGAAGUACUUCACCAUCUACAAGCCAAACAUCGGCAAGCAGAGCCAGCCCGAGAAUUUGGACAGCCUCCAGAAGAAGUACCGAAGGGUGCUGCCGGAAGAAGCCCAAGAACACUGGGAGAGCUGCUACGCUUUCUCCCUGAAGCACUGCAACCACGCCACCUGGAACCGGAAUUGCAAGCAUGUCCAGGAGGGCAAGGAAUGCUUUCAGGGCACCCGGCUGCGCCACUAUUACAUGCUGUGCGGGGCGCUUCUGCGCGUGUGGAGUAAGAUUGCCAGCAUCAUGGCCGACAUCACCAACACCCAUUACCUGCAGAUUGUCCGACUCAAGACCAAGGAGAAGAGAAAACAAGUUGGGAUCAAGAUUCCGGAAAGCUGCGUCCGGCAGGUGCUGCAGGAGCUGAACCAGAUGGACAGGAAUGUGAAGCAGAAGCAGAGCCAAGCUCUGGCGGCUGCCCAGGGGGCAAAUGCACCCUUUCCUUUGCUCCAGCAGCCGCUGGGCUUCCACCCGUCAGGAGGAUUUCUGCCGCAGGAUGAGAUCUUGGACUUGACCUGCAGCUCUCCCAGCACCAGCUUGGCUGACCUGGCUGGGGUCAGGGAGCCCCGACACUUCUGGGCGGACGCUUCCUGCCAGCCACAGCCGCUGGGCCCCCCCUCGCCGUUGCAUUUCAGCUUCCCCCCCUCCUUCAAUGGCACGGCUCUUGGCCCCCCUCAGCAUGAACCCUUGCCUCCCGCGCAGGCCUCCCCGCCAGCCCCCCUGCUGCCAGAGGACCUGUCGGUGCUUGACAGGAACAUCAAUUACAAAGAGCUCCUGGAGGAGAUGCUGAAAUCGCUCAACGUAGAGUCUCGGGACAGCUCCCAGGAACGCCAGAGCGUCAUCCAAUUCACCGGGCCCUUCCCCGACUUCUAGGAUGCUGGCGGGGCAGGCGGGUGGACUUGGGGCAUUUUUGUAAGACUGGUUUGGAACGGACCACUUCUGUCUUUUUAAGCAGGGAUGGGAGAAGGUGGAGAAAGCAGAAUAGGUAACAGAAAGCAAAUUUAUUUAUAUAUAAUAUACAGUCACACAUGUACUAAAUUUUUAUAUAUAUAUGUAUCUAUAGAAAGAGAGAGAGUGCAAAAGAUAAUAGAGAUGUUAUGGAACUGGGGUGGAAGACCGCUUAAAACCUGAUGGGCCAUUUGGAGGAUAAACAGCCUGCUGGCCUCCACCCUUACCCCAUUUCUUCUCCCCCACCCAAGCCAAACCUCCUCUUGCAUCUCCGCCCACUUAAAACUACUGAGUUGAAAAGCUAUGACCUUUAUAUUUCUAUUCUACCCCUUUGGGGACAGCAGCAGGCGAGAACCAGCUUUCCUUCCAUUUCAGUGUACCAUGACUGGAACUCAGCAGCUGUUCAAGCAAAGGUUUUGGGGGGCUUCUGGCUAUUGUGGGUGACAGGUAGUCCCUUGGUCUGGUCCCCCUGGACGUGCCUGAUGUUACCCUUUUGCCUGUGGGCUCCCAGGGGCCAGAGCUUUUCAGCUGUGAAGGCGAAGGCAGAUGAAUUUGCAGUGUUCUGCAUAGCUUCUCAGACAUCCAGUGUGGAAACACUGAAAAUUACGCACAGUAAACUAAUAAGUAAUAAGUAAAUAUUUGCACAAAAUAGUCUGCUCAUGCAAUUUGGCAAUUCAUGGCCUGUAUUAGUGAGGGAAGCAGGGGCUAUUUCCCCAAGCAGAGUCCCACCUCUACAGCUUAAAUGUUCUUUUCUUGCUGAAAAUGUUGGAAAGAAAAACAGACCAACAGGGCACUACAGCUGUGGCUUGCAAAGAAAAGAGGCCAUGGUCCUUAAGCAGAGCAAGUCCUUGAAUCUGGACUGCACACAGGAUGCAGGAUCUCUGUUCAGAAUUCAAAAUAGGCUGCCCCUGUGAAUACCAAAGACAAGGUUCCUCUCUGGCCAGUCUCCAAGGAAAUGGCAGGGGAGUUAAGUAAGCACCUGCCCUGAAUUAACCCUGCCCCCCCCCAGCUGUCUUUUUCCUUUCCUUACCUGCCCAUUCUGUUCUAUUUAGACAAAAUUGGAACAAUCUACUCCUUAAAUUUCCCCCCAUCUUUUAUCAAAUCAGACUUAAUAAUGCGUGUGAGGUUGUGUGUUGCAAUCCACACAAUUAGGGGGAUUUAAGGUCAGGUGCAGAAUUUUGCAAUCUGAGAGGUACAAGCCCCUUCCCUUUUUUUUAAAAAAAAAAAAUCAAGUUUGUAGCGCUCAUGGCUGCAAAGAUGGGUUUCAGAGUAUGUGCACGGAGACUGAAGGUGGCAGUAUAGAAUAGCGCACCCUCUCUCCCCCUCCCUGCAGUAAAUAAGGCAGAGCAAACGCAUCCUUGCACCACAGACGGGCAAUGGGCUUUUGGUGCAGAACAGAAUUGCAGAAUUGGGGGGGGGGUCCCCCCCAUCUCUGUGUUCUCUUCUUGUGCAUUCAGGAUCUGACAGCGCCCCCUGGCAGCUUUGGCUAGUGACUGCUGAAAGCCACUGUUGUGGCAGGUCCACUGCUUUGCUUUUGUGUCCGUCCCCCCCCGCCCCCAGAAACCCAGUUGUUUGGGCCGGGGUGGGGGUUCUCUCAGGAGUCACUUCUCCCUCCUGAGGCUUCUCUUGAUUUGUGAGUCUGAGGCUCCAUGACUGCCUACCUUCCCCAUCUUUUAAUACCAGUGGCUCAGCUUGGGGAGGGAGACUGUCCCCAUCCCUUCCGAUCCGUCCUCUCAUUCAUGCACUUCCUCUGAGCCGCAGCACUUGGAGGAAAUACUGCCUUCCUUUGCAGACCACCCUUCAAAUAACAGUCACUGUUGCUCCCACCCAAUUAAAGUUACCUUAGUGGAUUUUAUCCAGUGUUUUCCAACCUUUUAUCCCAUAGAGGAACCCCUAAAUUAAUUUUUCAAAUCCUAAGGAACCUGUGCAAAUGUUUACAGGCCAGAAAAAGUUAAUAGUGGGGAGUGCAAUUAUUGCUAAAUUUUUGUCAAGAAAAUGUAUUUAUAAAGUCUUGAUACAUAUGCACAUAGAUACAUAUGUUAGCUUACAUAACCUUAAUAACCAUAUUUCAUGGGACAUUUGGGAUUUCUAUGGUAUUUCAAAAAUUGUAUUUAUUUAUUCCACAAUUUCUCAUGAAACCCCCAACAGCAACUUGACAAUGUGCCCUUGGCAUCAUAAAUGCAAGGGGCAAGAUUUUUUUUAAAAAGCUCUGGUUUUAAAAGCCCUUUGUGGCAAGAUGCUUCUGUGGUGCCAUUAUAGUCCCUAGCACAUGGAGUGUUGACCCAGCCCAAAUAUCCCGUAGUCACGGUUAAAUCCAGGUACUGUGUGUGGCGUAGCUGGUUUGCAGUAUAAAAGGAAAAAAGGCUUCAAACUCAGGAAAUGAAGGUGCUCUCCCCUCCUGCCCACACCACUGCAACACUUUCCCAAAGAAAUCACUCUGAAUAAGAUGUUUUUAUGGCAGUCUAAUAUGGUAUAUGCAGUUUCCCCUUCCUGCUUUCUUGGGAAAUGCAGAGUGGAGGAAAACCGAGGCGCACCCCCCCCCCCUCCUUUGGACUCGCUGCCCAUCUGCACCCGAUGAUCUCUGCUCCCCUUUUGUCAGGAAGAAUAUUAUUAUGAAAUAGCUACUUUUUAAACUAAAUUAUGCAUUUUGUUCUACUGAUUGUAUGUAUUUUUUAAUGGAACCUCCCUUCUGCCCCCCUCCCUGGGUUGGCACUUUCUAACCACCGUCUUUUGGUCUGCUUUGUUAUUUUUUUCUAUGUAUAUUUAUAAUUAAUUGAAAAUUGUAUAUAUGUAAAGGAGAUGGGGAGAGUUUCUUUUUCUUUUCUGGGGGGUUUUUUUGGCAGGGGGGGGGAGGCGUUGUUGUUGAAGAUGUGCCUUUUGACUAAUGAUUCCUGACUUUUCUACAUGCAUCAGAAGGAUUUAAUAUGUUGGCAUUUUUUCGCUCAGUAAAGAUGGAGUGAAAGGC